GUUAACUACACGAAAUGAAAGGGUUUGGGUUUAGAGGGGAAUGGUAAAGCAGGUUUUGCGGUACAAUAAAAGAGUAAAGUAAAUUUAUUGGGUUUUAGAAGUAAACGAAGCAACUAUUACUACAGUUCCUGUCAAAACUUUAAGCGGUCGAGUGUUUCUACAGAGGAUUGUUUACAGUCAUGGCAGACGCUCUGUCCUUCCUGGAAGAGGAUUUCACAUGCCUCAUCUGUUGUGAUAUCUUCACCGAUCCGGUCACUCUGAAAUGUAGCCACAGUUUGUGUGAGGAAUGUCUCCAGCGUUUCUGGAGAACUCAGGACGUGCCGCAGUGUCCGGUCUGUCGGAAGAAAUGCUCACAAGACGAGCCCACCAAGAGCCUGGCGUUCAGAGCGCUCUGUGAGUCCUUCAAGAAGAGAAAACCCACAGCUGUUUCAGGAGAUGUUUGUCCAGAACAUAAAGAGGCUCUCAAACUCUUCUGCUUUGAGGACCAGCAGCCCAUCUGUGUCGUCUGUUACACAUCAAAGAAGCAUGAAAAUCACAAGUGUUCUCCUCUCGAGGAGGCUGUAGGGAAUUUAAAGGAGGAUCUCAAGACAAAAAUAGACAGACUUCAGGCAACCCACACUGAACUGAAGAAAAUUCAUGAGAGCUUUGUGAAAGUGGCUGAAAUCAUUAAGGAAGACACCAAUGAGGAAGAAAACCAGAUCAAGAAGGAAUUUGAGAAGCUCCAUCAGUUUCUUAAAGACGAGGAGGAGAAACAGAUCAGAUCCUUGCGUAAAGAAAUGGAACCUCAAGAUGAGAAACUCAAGUCCAUAAUAGACGAGUUGUCUGUACAGAUAUCGGAUCUGUCUGAGCGUAUGGCAGCUGUCUGGCAGGACAUGGAAGCUGAAAACAUCUCAUUUCUCCAGAAUUACAGGGAUACAUUAAAAAGACUCAAAUGCCCAUCAGGACUGAACACAACCCUUAAAACAGAGGAAUUUCAACACCAACCCACUCAGACCGUGAUCUUCACCACGUGGGCCAGAAUGCAGAACCUUGUGGAACAGCCUCCUGUGACUCUGGAUCCAGACACAGCCUCCAGUAAGCUACUAGUGUCACAGGACUGCACCACUGUUGAAUAUGUAGAAAUGAAAAUGCAUGUGUCUGAUAACCCAAAGAGGCUGUAUGUGGGAGUGCUGGCCUCACAGGGCUUCAGCUCAGGUGUGCACUGCUGGGACGUAGAGGUAAGAGACAAUGACCACUGGACACUAGGAGUGGUGGGAGAAACGGUGAACCGCAAAAAACUUUUCAAAAUGGAUCCGAAGUGUCGUUUUUGGUGUUUUCGUUACGUGGAUGGUGAAUACAAGAAAGGUAAUAAACCUGGCAGAGAUAUUGAUGAUGAUGAGAGGCCAAGUAUCAUCCGGCUGCAGCUGGACUUUGACAAAGGAGAGCUGAGAUUCAUCGACCCGUUCAGAAACAGAAGUUUGUGCACCUACACGGGUGGAUUUCCAGAGAAAGUAUUCCCAUAUUUCUGUACUGGAGAUGCAGACACACCACUUAAUGUUUUCCCAGCAAAUAAACAAAAACUGUAAACUGCA